GCUGUGUGGAGCUUGGAGCGAAACCUGGCCAGGUGGACUCUCGCGCCUCUCCUCCCUCCCCCACACUUCUGUUCAUUUGUGUUUUACUGAUACUCCCAGGGCUAGAACCCCAGUUACUUCUGAUAGCGGUCAGAAGCAAAAGGUCCUGUUGGAGCUGCCUUAGGAGGUCCCGCCUCCACGGGGGAACUGUCUGAACUGAGACCAGUAAGGGGAGGCAGCUGCCCGAGAGAGUGUCUGUCCAGCAAUGGGAAGGCCCUUUUCCCUGGCUCCCAGACUCAACGAUCUGUCUUUUUCACUGUGGUUCAUUCUGCCUUGAGGAUGCUACAAUCCCUUUGAUUGUCCAAGAAUGGGGGUAAGGAGGUAGCCAUGAUUCCUGCUUUGCUUAAGAUACAGACAAGGUUGAUGUUAGUAAACAGGUGAGAUGCCAACUUAUGAGAGAGGUCAAGAGUAUGGGGGACCCAGAGCCUAAGAUGUUAGGGAACGUUGGCACAUCACAUCCAGGGACUGGUCUUUUUCUUGUGAUUGCAGCAUGGAAUAGAAUCUGAACAUUAUACUGGGGUUUACAUCUCUAGUCUUCCAAUUAUCUAACUCUGUGGUCUUUACUGAUAUACUUUCUUUCCUGAGUCUUAGUGGGGUAAUGGUUCACAUUCAUAGGGAGCUUUCUUGCCGCAAGCAUUUUGCUAAAUUGUUUAUAUGUGGUGCCUCAUUACUCCUCAACUGGGUAAAAUAGGCGACCACUGUUGUUUGCCCUUUUGUAAAGGCACAGACUGAGGUCCAGAGGGGUUAAGUGACCAAAGACAGUAGACAGCCUUUAUUUCUUAGUGACAGCCAACAACUUAAAGCCAGACCAGGACCUUCCAGGCAGACUCUAGGUCUCACCAUGGGGUUGUCUCUUGACUCCAGGCAUCAAUAUAUGGCAGCUGCUUUGGUCUCUGAAAGCUAAAGCUGUUAUCAGGACAAAUGUCAAGGCCUUGCCUUACCCUUAUCACCCCCUACAGGAACAUCUUCAUAUGGGCUGACCUGCCUGUGCCAAGACUAGGAUGGCCAUUUGGAGAUGUUUUGCUCCAUGGGGCUCCAGGAUCAAGGGGUUCCAGGGCUCAGGGCAAGAAGAGGAAGAGCAACUGAGUCUCCCAGGGUCCAAGAAAGGGACUUUGUGCAGCUGCCUGUGCCCAUCAUCCAGCAACUCUACCACUGGGACUGCGGCCUAGCCUGCUCUAGGAUGGUGCUUCGAUACUUGGGCCAGCUGGACGAUGGAGAGUUUGAGAGUGCCCUGCAGGAGCUGCGCCUAACCAGAAGUAUCUGGACCAUUGAUCUGGCCUACUUGAUGCGCCACUUUGGUGUGAGGCACCGCUUCUGUACCCAGACCCUGGGCGUCGACAAGGGUUAUAAAAACCAGUCCUUCUACAGGAAGCACUUUGAUACAGAGGAAACCCGGGUGAACCAGCUGUUUGCAGAAGCUAAGGCCUGCAAGGUGCUCGUGGAAAAAUGCACAGUGAGUGUGCAGGACAUCCAGGCGCAUCUGGCGCAGGGCCAUGUGGCCAUCGUGCUCGUGAACUCAGGGGUGCUACACUGCGACCUGUGCUCUAGCCCCGUCAAGUACUGCUGCUUUGCACCCCGUGGCCAUCGCUGCUUCUGCCGUACCCCUGACUACCAGGGCCACUUCAUUGUUCUGCGUGGUUACAACAGGGCCACCGGCUGUAUUUUCUACAACAACCCAGCCUAUGCUGACCGAAUGUGCAGCACCAGUGUCAGUAACUUUGAGGAGGCCAGAACCAGCUAUGGCACAGAUGAGGACAUCCUCUUUGUCUACCUGGACAGCUGACAGCAGGAGCCUGUUGUGCCCAGAUCCUUGGACCCCAACCCCCAACUUCAGCCAGCCUAAUCAGUAUGCCCAAGUUGGGGGCUGCUGGGGCUGGAAUGCAACACUGCAGCUUCAGCCUGUCUGACAAGGCUCUGUGGAACUCUGGGAACUGGCGUAGCUGCUUUGUCAGCUAGUGCUAUAUGUUGUCAUUUACCCCAAGCAUCUGCUGGCUCCUGAAGGCUUCUCCAGAGUUCUGAGGGGAGUCUCCCCCAGGAUGACAAGCCUGACUCCAACAAUGCCCAUUGGAAGUCCAGCUUCAAGGAUGCCCUUGUUGCCUUCUAGCCAGACCCAAGGUGAGGGGAGAGGCCUGAGGCAGUCUUCCCAUAGACCUUAGGACUGAGUUUUGGAGAGAGAAGUCACUUGAUCUGAUGCUACUCAUCAGGACAGCAUCUGCAUGUUUGGAAAGUGUAGCUGAAUUCAAGUCCCUGGAGCUGGACUGGAAGUGCUACAGAGCCCCCUAUAACCCGUGGUAGAUGCCAUUACUACCACCACCUGCCUUCCAGUGGACCCAAGUAUCUGACUGGUUAUGAGGCCACUGGCCCCUAUCAUGCAGUGUAGACACCUCAUAGCCACUUGGCUCUGUAGGGAGGAAGGCCCUAGGGAGUGUGCUGAGCACCAGCAGAGAGUGUACCCCAGGAAUAAACAGCUACCUGGAUCCCAAAGAGCCCUCCUCACCCAUGAGGCCUCCUGACACCAGCCUAAAUCCCAAAAGGAGGGACCAUUUGUCCUCUGGGUGUGGGCAACCCCAGGUCUGUCGGAGCUGGGUGGUAGAGCCUCUACUUGUGAAGCAACGGGCAGGGGACAGUCUGUAGUCUCCAACCCACACUGGUUUUCAUGCCAGGACCUUUUGCACAGAAUGUUGGAUCUCUUCUGUUUUGACAGAGAAUGGUGAUGACUGCCCAGGAUCACACAGCACAGCAAGUAGCAUUGACUGGAGCUGAUUUCUUCCUUCCUUAUUUCCUUCUUUCCUCCCCUCACCCCUUUUUAAAUUUUUGUUGUUGUUGGGAGCAGAGGUGUUUUUUUUUUUUUAUUGAAAUUUAAGUUUUUACUUUUGCUGGAUGAUUAUCCUUUAAGUAAGAAUAAUAGUGAGAUUGCAGGUACUUUGGAACCACUAACACCUCUUUUUUUCACAGGGCAGGUAAGCCAGCCAGAUUUCUUUUUUAAAGUCUGAGCACCAGGCCCCUUGCCUUACUUGAGGAGGAAGUUGGCCCAGGACAGUAGUAGAGCUGGGUCUUGAACUCAAGAGCCCUUCAUGGCUGCCUCUGGCAAAAAGACAGGGAUACCCUGACAGCCCCACCAUCCCUGCACUCCUAGGGCAUGGUCUUCCAGUGCCCAAGGUGUGACGUGGUGGCAGCUGCUUCUCCCACACCGACUCUAGCUGGCCCCUCCCUCACCAUGGUAGUUCUGAAGAGUCUGCUUACCAGUUCUGUGAGACCACCCAGCCACCUUGCUCCUUAACACCAGACAGCCUUGGGCCGAGAGGGUAGCACUGUUUGCAAGGCAGCCAUCCUGGGUUUCAGAGACUGGUGUUGGCUUUAGUCUGGUCUCAUUUCUAUUGCCUUAAUGCUGGGUGUCCCAAGGUCCUAGGGAACUCUGGCUCCAAGCUCAGGAGUACCAUACACAGCAGCUGUGGGGUAUGGGUGUCCUCAGGAGAGGUUUAGGUAAAAUUGUGGUGAGAAUAGCUGAAUGAAGGAAACCGAUGGGAAGAAGUUAAGUUUUCAUGAUGACUGCAUAUGAAUGAGGUAUAGCACACAUGGUGGUGAGCUGUUAUGGGGAUUAGCCUUCACAGAAAGUGAUCACAGCACCUCAUCCAUCCAGGACAUGCUCAGUCUCUGGGCUCAGACAAUGGCUUCUCAGGGUAAGUCACAUGUUAGAGGUCACCUGUCUGUAAGAUUAACAAGUUGUUUGUCCCUAAGACCAGUCUCUCUGAGGAAGGUCACAGAGGCAGGACAUCAGCUACACUGUGUUGCAUUCUUGCACAAGUCAUGAUAUUGGGGCUGAGGAAAGAGCCUGGACAUCAGGGACUUUGCCCACAGCACGUGGCACCCACAAUUGCCCAGCCUGUUCUCAUGCUUCAGCCCAAUGCAGCUUCUGAAGCCAAUGGAACAGUAGGCAGCUUUGUUCACUCUAGCUGCAGGGGGACAAAAGGGAUCUUUUGCAUUGCAGAGAUUUUAUACAUAAAUAUAUUUUGUUUGUAAUGAGCCAUUCUCAAUAAACAUUAUUCUCACUGCACAGUGGUGACAGCCCUUG